CAUACGCAAUUCAUCAGUCUGGGUGCCAGACAGCAGUGCAUCGUUGUAACUUGGUAAAUUUUGUCUCGGUGGAACUGGAAAUCUCGAAAAGGAAGUCCACCAAUUUUCCGCCAAGAGUUGCUUCCAGUUUAAUAAGCUUCCCAACAAUGCCAGAGCGAGACAAAGAUGAACCAUUUUCCAACCCCUUGCCGCCUGCGGACAUCCGACGUAUGUCAGAGGAUUCCGAUGCAGCCCUGACUCACAUGACCAAUGCAGACUUCAGGAAGCUGUUGAUGACCCCUAGAACUACACCAGGAGAAGCCCCACCCUCUAAGGUCAAACAUAACAAGGAACUGCCAAGAGAUUACAAUGAAGCGGAUGAUCCCAGAGCCUUACGGCGGAAGAAGAAGAGCUUCUAUGCCAAACUCAAGAAGCAAGAAAUGGAGAGGGAAGCUGAGCUGGCUAAGAAAUACAGAAACAGGGCUCAAGAACGACGUGAAGGUAAGAAUGACUAUGAAGAUACUGAGGUGGUCAGUACAACGGCCAACUACCGUGCAGUGGCACCCGAUGCUCAGGCGGGUGACACAGCUUCCAAUCGCCGUAAACAGUUGAUCGAGGAGAGUAAAUAUCUGGGUGGUGACAUGGAACACACUCACUUGGUGAAAGGACUGGACUAUGCAUUGCUGCAUAAAGUACGAGCCGAGAUUCAAAGCAAGGAAAAAGAGAGGGAUGAAAUAAUGGAAACCAGCCUCCAGACCUCCAGCAAGAGCCAGAAAAUCAUUGAGCCCGAGGAAAGCAUUCAGUUCAAGACCAAAAUUGCAAGGAACAUCUAUCGUAGUUUGUUCAAGACCAAGCUACCUGAGCGUAAUGAGCUGUUCCUACCAGGUCGUAUGGCUUACAAAGUAGAGCUUGACGACGAGUAUUCGGAGACUGAUAUACCCACGACAGUCAUCAGGAGCAAAGCAGACUGCCCGACAAUGGAGUCUCAAACGACCCUAACCACCAAUGACAUCGUGAUAAACAAGCUGACUCAGAUCAUCUCCUAUCUGAGACAAGGUCAGAGAGGCAAGAAACUCAAGAAGAAAGACAAAGGAAAAGGAAAAGAUGACAAACUUGACAAGGACAAGCUUCCUGGAGCAGAUGACAGCAUCUUUGCCGAUAUUGGUGAAUAUGCACCCAGCUUCACCAAGGCACCCCCUACCGCUAAAGACAGAGACACCAGGGACAGAGACCGUGGUAGGGAUCGUGAUAGAGACCGUGAUAGGGACCGAGACCGUGACAGAGACCGUGAUAGAGACCGACACAGAGACAGGGAGAGGGGACGUGAUCGAGACAGAGAAAGAGAGGAUGAUAGACGACCCAGGAGCUACUUUGAACGACCCAAAGUUGAUGACGAGCCUAUACCAGCCCCCAAGAAGAGCUCCAAUGCCAGGGAUUUUGCUCAGAUUAUCAAUGAGAAAUAUGGAAAAGUUGAACCGAGACACGAGGAACGCUUUGCUGGAACCAUGACCACUGUUGAUAUUGCAACAUCACAAGCCAAGGAAAAGGAGCGCGGAAUUGCAUUCAAGGGUGAAGACAGACAGCGAACCAGAGGGACGAAGAGUGACUUUGUAGACAGCUACGCAGAAUGUUACCCAGGAGCUGCGGAGACUGCUGACGCAUUGGACGAUUCUGAUGAUGAAGUGGAUUACAGCAAAAUGGAUCUGGGAAACAAGAAGGGUCCAGUUGGCCGAUGGGACUUUGAUACUCAGGAGGAGUAUAGCACUUACAUGAACAACAAGGAAGCUUUGCCUAAAGCCGCUUUCCAGUUUGGCAUAAAGAUGUCUGACGGACGGAAGACAAGACGAACAUUUGGUGAGAAGAAUGAGAAAGCUGAACUGGAUCGAGAGUGGCAACAGAUCAGCCAGAUCAUCUCCAAGAGGAAGACUGGUGCAGAUGGAGGAAUUGGGGGCAAACGACCAAAAUACUGAAGAACAGCAGCGUUGGAGCCAUCCAUGGUCUCAUUGACGCCCAUCUUCCAGGCAUCUCUUUCUAUAACCAUAAUUGGAAUCACUAGCCCAAGCUGUGUAUGGAAACAUCUAAGAUUUUAGCCUGCAGGAUUGUAAAUAUUAAGAUUUUACUCUUGAUUUCAACAAAAAUAUGUCAAAUGAAGUUGGUUUUCUGUUUUCCAACUGUACAGUAAAACUGAUGCAAGAAUGAUUACUUCAGGCAGAUUUUUCCUUUGGGAUAUCACAAGUAUUCAGAUAUGGUGUGCUUUAGGACUGAUGGAGAAGUUUGCAUUUUAACUUCAGCAUACCUACAUGUAUUUGAAUAUGCUUAUACACUGGUUACAUUCCGUGAAGUACAUGCAUCAUACUCUUUGUACAAAAACCUGUAGAAGUAGAAAGUGUUGCAUGCUGUAAUAUAUAUGUCCAGCAGAAAAUAACCACCUCGGUGUGCUAAGGUCACCAUCCCAAAUUACACUGUUAAUGGAGUACAUGUACACUACAUCAGACCUGCCAACCUUGCCGCACUCCUUCCUGAGGUCAGGCGUUACCACACA